UUUUGUGGUAAAGUAGAGAAAGCAUGGCUGGAGUGCUGGGAGUGAUUUUUACCUGCAUUUUAGUAAAAAGUAUUCUGCAGGCCUCAACUGCAGUGGAUCAUGUUCCUGUUCUCAUUUGGUCAUCUCAAAGUUCCCUGUGGGAAGGUCAGCCUUUUGAAUAUGAAGGACACAUUAUUUUGGAACAGGAGCUGCAUAAUUUGCUGCAGCCACUCUUUAACCAAAGUUCAAGGAACAUAGUGCUGUUUCUUCAGGAUAAACUCAGCAUGGAUGAUUUCACAUACUAUAGACGAGACCAUGCAAAUGAGAAGCCAUUUCACAGUCUACAGAUAUCAAUUGAGACUUCUGCUUCAUCCUUGGUUUUACCAGCAGUGACAACGCAAGGCUCAAGCCACUUGUCUGAGUAUCUGCAGAAACAAACAGAAUGGAACAUCUUCACCGCAGAUCAUUUCCCAAUAGAAGACCUGGAUAUAGAUCCAACCAAACCUAAUUUGUUCCUUGUUAACUUACCAGUACUAAGCAGUACCAGUGAUGUGUCGAGAGCACAUGUCCUGGCUGACAAUGAUCUUAUAAUGGGAAAGUUCACAACAAAUCUGAAACAUCGUGGAAUUCCGUUUACAGCCAUUUAUACUGCAUUUAGUCCUUCCAAGGGGUUCAAAAGUACCGACAUGACUUCUCACACUGGACGUCAGUUAUUGGCUGUGGACAUCCCUGCUCCUGCCCGAUAUUCUCCUCUAACAGUGACUAAUGGCACUUAUACUUGCAUCAUCAUGUUUGCUACAAAAGUAGCCUUAACUUUCAAAAAUACCCUUCAUGUUGAUCUGACAAACGAAACGUUUGUUUCCCACACAGUGAAUUCUACUUCUUCUGAGUGCUCCGACACCAACACUUUGGUAUCUCUAAAAUAUUCCAACCCUGCUGAAGGAAUCAAUACAUUGGAACUCAGAUUUCUAAUGACCAACAAGUUCUACAAGGGCUCAGCACGCAAGUGGUUUACCUUUGAUUCACUGGAGAUUAUACAAGAUCAUUUACAUACUGCAAGGUUUAAUGCAUCCAUCUCUGCACCUGCAGAGUAUUCUUAUCACUGUCAGCUAGUGGGAACAAACAUGAAUUAUGCUUCAAGAUUCAUUCCAGCUAACAAGGAGGCACAAGCCUGGGAAAUCCACAUUUCUGACUUUCAGAUUCAAGGUUUCAACAUAAAGAAUAACAUGUUUUCCUAUGCCAGUGACUGUGCAUCAUUCUUCACUCCUGGAAUCUGGAUGGGCCUGAUUUCAACCUUUCUGAUGUUAAGCAUUUUGUACUAUGGACUCUUAAUGAUUAUGCAGCUAACCACUAAUGACAGAUUUGAUGAUCCAAAAGGUGCAGCAAUCUUUGUUCCUCAGACUAAUUAACACUGCUCUAUUGUAUUUAAUAAUCAAUGCUUGUGAAGUUAUUAGUUACAAUGUAUCUUUGCCCGAUAAAAGGACACUUGUCUGCUCAGAAAGGAAAUUGCUUAAGUGAAGCACUUCUAUUGUGAUUGCAAUCUAACCUGAUCUGAUUUCUGUAAACUGCUCUCUUAUUCUUGUAAAGUGUUUUCAAUGGUGUACAAAGCAUAAACUAACUUACUGGGAUUGCCUCUAGGUAUUUAAGGAUAAUCAUUGUUUUUAGGAUAAAUUAUGAAACUUUGAUUGUGUAGUAAUCAAAUAAUUGUUUACACCAUAAAAAAAUAAAUAAAUACAGUACAUGCAAACUGUUUUUCUAUAAAGGAAGAAUAUCAUACUGUAUCACAUGGCAAAGCAUUUAACUCAAUUACCCAUUUCAUUUAAAUUAAUUGUAGGAACAUUAUACAGUACAUGAGUUUACAAUACUACAUUACUGGGGUACAUUUUCAGUUUCCCAUGUUUUUCCCCAUGCUUACAGUAUGUAUCACCUUACUUUAUUACAAGUUGUUUUGUACUGAAUCAGCUUAAUUUAAUCUGUUUUUAUUAAUGUAUUGUCUUUGGACCUUUGGUUACAUGACACAUCCUAUCCUGAUUUUUAAAAAAAAAUGUACUGCCUUUACCAGGAAGGCUUUUUUUAUUAUUAUUAUUAUUUUCUUUUAAACAUGGCUUUUAAUUGGCAUGUUCUACACUUCUAGUGUUCUUUUUGUGUAGACACGUUUGUCAUUAUUAAUAAAGCCUAGUUCUUGCCAUAGCUCCCUAAAUAGACCUGUUUAAUUUUUAUAUUCAAUUAUUUGACUUCUGUGAAAUCCAGGCAAUACAAAUCCUAUUCUAAGUACUCCCAUUAUCUAGCAACUAUAUCCUAUAUCUGGGCUCAGAGAGUUUUAAAUUCAGCAAAUUUAUUAAAUACAUCUGCUUCAUGGAUGCUAUAAACCUCUAAGAAACUCUGGUACCUAGCCUUUUUAAGCAGCAGGUUGCUGCUUUAGCAAAUGUUUAAAACAGUUGCUGGAAUCGAUCUGAGAAAGGCAUGAACACCUUUCUCAGAAUCAGAUACAGCGGGACAGAUUAAUGAAGGUCCUGAUUAUAUUUAUCGUGAGGUUUCGUUUUUAAAGUUUUACACAUGUAAUACUGUUUGUACAAUAUGUGUUAAAGUCUUAAUAGAGAUGCAUGCAAUGAAAAAACACUGAAGUGGCAUGCUAGUGCACAACAAAAAUGUGUACAGAAUGCAGUAAAAAAUAAUUUACAAACUUUUUUUUCUUUUGUUUUCUCUUGUUACAUGAUCGAGCGUGUUAUAUGAUUAACCAACACUAAAAACACUAAGUUAUGUACAUAGUUUUAGGAGUUAAAAUGUUCAGGUUACAGAAAACUGAUGACAUUGUUUCUCUGCACUUUCAUCAUCACAGCAGUUCAUUAUCUUGUUCAGCAGUUUCUUCAAUAAAGAAACAGUGUCAACUGUAA